AAACUAAUGGGUAAUGUGUUGCUACAUUUGGAGGAAGGAGAACGCCUUGACAUCAAUUGCACACAACUGCUGAAUAACGAGGUAAGAAAGAAGAAGAUUCAUGAACACGCUAGACAGUAAUCGUCUCUAAAUACCACAGAUAAAACCCAUUCUUGUGUUAAUUUUCGAGGAAGAAAGUGCCUGGCUUAACCAACCCGUCCGGUAAUGUUCAGCUAUAAUUGUUCACGAGAUUUUAUGAAGAGGGUCCGUAUCAUAAGUAGUGUGCCCCUGCCUUACACCGCCCUCUCCACACCCCUUCCCCCCCCCCAACCCCCAUGUUACUUCCUUUAAAUGUUGUAUCAGCUAGCAACGGUUUGUAUUUUCAGUUGGUUCUUUUGGGAGCCGAAGAAGGCCUGUAUUCCAUGUCUCUUGAAAAACCUGGAAGAAGCUCUCCUCGUGCUCUGCCUGGAAUAGACAGAGCUUUUCAACUUGAUAUCAUCAGUGAUCUGAAUCUCCUCAUCAUGAUAGCAGGUACUAUACUUGUGUGCCCCCCUUACUUAUAUGCCCCCCUCCCCCGCCGCCGCCAGCUAACAAAAAAAUACUUAACAAUUAUUCCUCGAGCCCGAAUAGGCUCUGAGUCAAUCGACGCAGACGCCAUGAGGGUGAGAUGAAUAAUUGUCUUAGUAAAAUCCAACUAGUUGGUCAAAAACAGUGAGGAUAAAAAAGCGAGUAAAUUUAAAAAGUGUUGUAAAAAACACUGCUAUGUAGCUUGUUUUGAAACGCUUUUUUGGUCCGGAUAUACUUGAACUGUUUAAAUUAUGCGCUCAUCUUUUAUGCAGUUAUGAAUAUCUCAUCUCGUAAACCUGUCGAUAUCAGUCGUUGGACAUCGUGCAUAAGCCCAAGGUGUCCCCUGCGACCUUAAGUUAGAGCAAACCAUUAUCGUUGACCUUGAAAGAUUUCGUCCAUAUAGCGCAGCCAAAAGCGUUUAAAAACGACGGCCCGAAUAUUUCAAGAUUCAGUGGUUUUCAGCCCAUCUCCUUUUUUUUUAACCUGUUAUUUCUUAUUGACUACUGAAAGUCCAUUCCACCAGGAAGUGGAUUGCCAUUUUUGAAAGAAGCCGUACAUUUCCUGUACGUAUUAAUUUUGGUGACACCAAGUUAAGGGUUAUUUACGCCAAAGUGACGAUUACGUCUUCAUUUGUUAAUUCGUGUACUAAAAACAAAGUAGGAAGAUGUUGACCAGUGAACGAUGGAUUCACUGUUUGUUUGUUUUUUUGUUUUGUUUUGUCUUUUAGGUAAAGAUCGUCAGUUAUGCAGUGUGGAGCUUAAACAGAUCAUGAGCCGGGCACGUCAGACAAACUCCGUGGUGCCACUGAAUCCUCUCGCUUCACAAGCAAUCGAGAAAAUUACUAACUGCCAUUUGUUUGCUGUCGGACAGGUUUGUAGAAAAUUUUAUACGACCUUUUUAUUCACUAGCGUCAUAGAUAAAAAAGUUUCCAUUUGAAAUCGCAUUAAAAAUGGUUGUUUGUGAGGAACACAAAACUGUUUGCUUUACACUGAGGGUAAGCUCUAUGGGGUCUUAUAGUAAAGGGUUGUUAAAACUCAAAUUUAACAAAUGAAUUAACGAAUGACGGUUUAAAGGUAGCACUUCCACGUAGUGGUUCUUCGUCUACCUGAUUCCUGGUCGAAUGGGAAUUUGGAAGUGUUGGUUUUUGAGGAGAGGGGAAAACCGGAGUACCCGGAGAAAAACCUCUUGGAGCAAGGGAGAGAACCAACAACAAACUCAACCCACGUAUGGCGUCGACGCCAGGAUUUGAACCUAGCCACAUUGUGACGCACGUUUCUUCUUUUACAGUGUGAGGGUAAUUAUUACAUUUGUGCAGCCACUCCAAACAGUAUUCUGUUAUUGCGGUACAACGCUGGCAUCGGAACAUUUUGUACUCGCAAGGUAAGCGUUAUGUUCGCUCACUUUUGUUCAUGUCCCAUUUUUUUGCCUCAUUAACAUAUGCUUAUCUGAUGAAGCUGAUAAAAUAAAACCUCUGAAUAUUGGAAGAGCAUAACAAUUUCAGUUAACUAAGAAUUUGAACCCGAUAAACCGAAUUUUUUCGGAUAAAUUCUCUUUUAAAAACUCGAAAUUUUUCCAGAGAAUGUAUGGCUCGUUUUUUGCCACCCAGCAUUUUCGCAGUUUUUUAUGGCUGAUAUUUCCUUCAAUAUUGCUUGCAAAUGAGUGAAAAUUGCGCCCACGGCUUCUAUGACAAUGACAUCAGCAGAUAUUUGCCUAUUCGUUCGCAGGAGAUUGAGACCAGCGAGCCUUGCAAUUGCAUUCAUUUCAAUAACAGUCACGUGAUCUACGGUACUGGCAAGUUCUACACCCUUGACAUCAAGCAACACACUGUAAAAGGUUGGCUUAAUUUCUGUUUGUUUUGAAAGUUUUUUUAUUUGUGUUUGCUGCCUGGUUUUGUUUAACCUUAAUUUUGGUGUCGAGUUCGGCCUGUUCUUCGUUCUUUGGUGUAUUACUUGCAUUGAUUCACCAACUGAACAAAAACUAAUUAAUCAGUAAAUAGUGUGACCAAACUUCUUUUCUCUUUUGCAGAAUUCCUGGACUCUAAGGACCCGUCCCUUGCGUUUGCCGUGUUUGGCGCCUCGCAACUAAACAUCUUUCCUAUUGCUGUGCUGGAUGUCACUAGCCGCGGCUCAAACAGUGAAGAAUUUCUGCUUUGCUUUAAUGGUAAGCCCGUAGGAUAAAGCGAUGCCUGUACGCAUCUGAGGAUAGCCUGCGUCAUAAAGAGACGGACCCUUCCUAGUCCCUAGGCCACGUUACUCCUCGCGGCCUAUUCUUUUCUGAAACGUUGCAGAGCGACGUCUCCGCUACGUCACCGAAAUGCAUUGACUGAGAGGGCCUGGGAAGUUGCCUUCACAGGGUCAAUGGCGGAGGUGGGGAAUUUUCGAGCAGCAUCAAUUUUAUUCUUUGACAUUUCCCUUGUCAUUUCAGUUAAGUUUUCCGUUCAUGUUUAUCUAGUAGAUUUUUUAAAACGAUUCUAACGAAAUUUGAAGCCAUUUGAGUGAAAAAGGACCAAAAGGCAGGUUUUUUUGCGCUCGACAAUCACACCAGAUAGAGCGAGGAGAAAGAAAGAAGGAGAAGAGGAAGAAAACAGUGGUUGCACUCUUAGUUGUUAUUUUAUAAAAACUGCUUGACGGAAGAGGCGGAAGUCUAUUUGGUGGUAACGUUUUGAAAAAUCCUCUUCUUCGCUCCCCUCCCCGAUAACUUUUCCAAUUUACCAUUUGCACAUCUCCCGUAAUACACCAAUUUUGUCCCCCAACAUUUUGCACAACCAUUGUUGUUUAUUCCUCCUGGGUAUUACAGUCUUCUCAAGACAAAUUGAAGACAAUACUUACACACAAUUUGAGCGGUUGCUUUUAUGAUGCACUGAAUUUGGUGGCAGAUGAAUUUCGUGACACAGCUUUAAUUCUGACUAACUACCCCUCGUUCUCUUGUGCUUUUUUUAGAGUUCGGAGUGUUUGUAAACAGUGCUGGACGUCAUAGCAGGCAAAAGCCUCUCAUGUGGAGCAGACUUCCGCUUGCGUUUGGUGAGUAUUUAUAUGUUCUAUCCUGCGCCAGAACGUUUAUACUUUUAAUUUAUUCUAUUUUAAUAUAUAUAUAUAUUUAUAUAUUUUUGUUUCUUUCUUUUAGCCUACAGUGAACCCUUCCUCUUUGUCACACAUUUUAACUCGAUUGACGUCUGUGAAAUACCACUCAGCAAUGCAGAGAAUCCUAGGUAAGAAUUACCGUAUUUAUACUUGAGGCCGUCGAACACUUUCGGGCGAAUACGCCAUUUCCGAGUUCCAAAAACGCUCACUUUUAUAAACGAGGCUAAGUGCAAAACCUACCAGUGGAUUAGCGCUUAACCUCGCUUUGAAACAGAGGCGUGGGUGAACUCGGAAAUAGCCUAUUGAACAUCUGGCCGGCUUUAAGUCUCUUCAUGUCGAUCAAGCGUACUUCAGGGCCCAGUUGUUCAAAAGGUGGAUAACCCCGCAAUUGGUCCCCUAAAUACUCGAACUACAUUAAUAUUUACACUACAUAAUACUCCCUGGAUACUGAUUUUUCCGGUGGAUAGCGCUAUCCAACCUUUUAACCGAAGGGGUUAAAUGUUUAAUUUAGCGUCAAGAUGCCGUCUGUUAAUCCCUGUCCUUACUUGCAAUGAGCAUCAGGUGGAUUACACAUGCGCAGGGACUUACAUAUUUUGCGCUAGUAGCUAAUGUUAGCGCUAACGAACGAUUGCGGCAUGGGUAGAAAAGACGUUUUUCUUGACGACGACAAAAGUAUGGAUACCAGAAGACAAUAUUAUGAAGUUAUCUGUUUAUGCUUAUGUUGUGGCUGGUUUCAAGUUUGUCGUUUUAUUCUCACCUUUCCUCUUUACACAUUUAGUUAGUUGACUAAUUCAUUUUUUGCAGUCGUUAUGCACACAAAUUUCUGGAAAUUCGGAAUCCGCGUGUUCUUGGUCCAGCUGUAUCUUCAGGGGCAGUUUACCUCGCUUCCACGUUACAGGAGCAAGUAGAAAUGCUUUGUUUCCAGGGAACGUCUGCUCUUGCGAGCGUCUUCCAAUUCCAACCGGAGGAUGACGACGACAACAUGUCGAUCAUCUCCGAGCUAUCCCGAUUGUCAAGCCCGAGUCGCCGAUCAUCUCCGGCUUUGGCUCGUUCACCUUCUUGGAGUCCUGGAACUGCCAAAGUGAAGUCGCUCAGAGAAGGAAGUCUGAAAAAGAGCAGUUCUUUUCGAACUGUAAUGCCGCUGAGAGAAGAAAAUAUGUAAAUGAUCAUGAUCAAUUGCAAAACAAAUAGAGUGACUUUCGAAUUAGCUGGAAAAAAAAAGGUCGCUUUAGGAAAACCUUGGACGUUUUCCGCUAAAAAUAUCAAAGACGUGGAUGUCCUUGUCCUACUCGUCUAAGCCUGUUUCAUCCUUUUAUAGUAAUGUGCAGAGAUCGUGAACAAUGAAGCAAAAACGCGC